AUGUCUCUGGAGAUGCCUCUCAAAACCAAAGAAGCCUUCUACAAGCAGCUGGAUGCCUUGGAUACUUCUUUUGAUGAUGAACAUGAAAAUCUUCAAGAUGAUCACCGGCAAAGGAGUCGGGCCUUCUUGGAGAAAGCGAAGCCAGGCAGACAACACACAAAGCCAAGUCAGGGCAAGGUGGCCACUGCAUCUGCUGCGGGCAGAGUGUCGAUACCAGAUCCCAAGCCUACCAAAAGCGUCUCAAUGACUGCUGCCACACCAAAUACCACCAUACAGGCCACGCCUUUUGUCCCUGAUUCUCACCCCCCAGCAAGUCGACAACAGAUUCCUAGCAGCACAUCAAUUGUGCAAGACACACCCCUUCAAGAGCCUGGACUAGACUGCCGCAUGACGAAACAUACGUCUGCAGGCACCGUGUCUAAGGAAACCCAAAGAGACAAGGGCAAGAACGACGUGCCAGAGGCGAAACGGAUAUUGAAGAAUCUCAGACUGUUCUACAUCCCUCCAGAUCGCAUUUCUCUUCGCAAACAUCGAAUCGAACAUGCAGAAAAAUACGGCGCGACGGUAACCGACCAGCUUGCUGACGCUACGCAUAUUGUCGUUGACAAAAACCUUGGAUACGAAGAUAUCAAGGCCACUGUUUCGACCGUCUCUGGGAGUGUCGGCAGCACACUUGUUACGGAAGAGUGGCCUUUGGAUUGUAUACAGCAAGGACGCGUCCUCCCACCCUACCUGAAGUAUCGGGUCAAAGGGACUCCCUCUGGGCAGUCAGGGUCUACAGGAAAAGAGACAGAGCAACGAGACGCCACUCGAAGACCCGACAGUUCUUUAGAAUUGAAAACACCUCACAAGAAUCCGAAGAGCUUGGGAAUACCGACGCAGCAGGCACAACUCGGCCUUCGAGUCCUCUCACAAAUCAUUAAUGAGGCUCGUGAGGAGUUUAAGGAUGUCCCACGCAUCGGGGAUGAGGACGCGAACCUCAAUCCAAGUGAAGAUGGUGGGGAAGACGACUCGGGAGCAGAGAAAGAGCGAGAAAGGAAGAGGUUCAAGAAGAAGGGGGGAGGCAAAAGCAUCCCGAAGAAGUACGACGAGUAUUACGCCUGCAAUCGGGGAGGCACCAAGGAGCAGGCCGAGAAUAAGGACAAUCCAAACGCCUUUACCAUUAGCGUUUUCCGAAAAAUGCUCGAUUAUUACACCAACACAAAUGACCAUUGGCGGGUACUCGCGUACCGCAGAAUCAUCACCACUCUUUCAAUGGUCAAAGACCGCACCAUCACUACGGCUGAGGAGGCCAAAAAGCUGCCGUUCUUUGGAGAGAGGCUGUCCGCCAAGCUUGAGGAGAUUGUCAAGACCCAAACCCUCCAGCGGUUACAAUUUGCGCUGAACGAUCCCAUAAGUCAAGUCAAGGCGUUGUUCCUAGGGGUUUACGGCGCGGGUCCGACGACCGCCGACAAAUGGAUCGCGCAGGGCUUCCGAACACUCGAUGAUUUACUACGGAGCGCCGAUCUCUCGUACAGCCAAAGAAUUGGCAUUGAGCAUUAUGAAGAUAUCAACUCCCGCAUACCGCGUGCUGAAGUUACGAAGCUUGGUGAGUAUGUGAAGGCCGAGGCAGUUAACAUCGACAAGGAGGUGGAACUUCUCAUCGGAGGCAGCUAUCGUCGGGGCGCGACCAGCAGUGGUGAUAUUGAUUUUAUCAUCACCAAGAAGGGCACGACCUCCAGCAGGGACUUGACCCCGUUCCUCGACAAGCUCGUCGGCAACCUGAGCAGACGGGGUUUUCUGACAGCAGAGCUUGCUGCCCACAGCUCCACCAGAGAGGGCAGUGGCAGCAAAUGGCACGGCUGCUGUGUAUUGCCACGAGCCACUGACGACAAGGAUAAUGACAAUUAUCGUCCUGUGUGGCGGAGAAUCGAUCUGCUUCUCGUGCCAGAGACGGAGUACGGCGCGGCGCUGAUCUACUUCACGGGCAACGACAUCUUCAAUCGCAGUAUCCGGUUGUUGGCGUCGAAAAAGAAGAUGAGACUGAACCAGCGUGGGCUGUAUAAGGAUGUGCUGAGGGACCAGAACAGGCAGAAGAUCUCCGAUGGGGACCUGCUCGAGGGACGGGACGAGAAAAGAAUCUUCCAGCUUCUCGGCGUAAAGUGGCGGGAGCCGCAUGAGAGAUGGUGUUGA